GGUCGCUAUAUAUAAAUGUGUUCACCCGCGUUUUGCCCUACUAUCAAUCACGGACGUUUGAUCUGCAAUUGUCAAGCUCAUACAUACGUUCACCGAAAUCAACAUGGCAUACACGUUUGUCGUCGUCGCCGCAUCCAUCUUGGCCACCGCCUACGGAUCACCCGUAGCGGCACCAAUCUACCCGGCUGCCCCAGCUUACUCGGCGGCUCCCGCUUACCCGGCUGCCCCAGCUUACCCGGCGGCUCCCGCUUACCCGGCUGCCCCAGCUUACUCGGCGGCUCCCGCUUACCCGGCUGCCCCGGCUUACUCUGCACCUUCUUACGCCUCUCCGUCUUACAAACCCGCCUACAAACCGGCGGCGUACGGACACGAAUCGUACGAGUCACCCAAGCCGUACGACUUCGAGUACAGCGUCAACGACCCGAGCACCUACGACGUCAAGAGCCAGGCUGAAUACAGCGACGGACAGAACGUCAAGGGCUACUACAGCCUGGUCGAACCCGACGGCAGCAAGCGCGUCGUAGAAUACACCGCCGACGACUACGGUUUCAACGCCGUCGUCAAGAAGGAAGCCGGAUACGCACCGUCUUACUCCUCCCCUGCCUACUCCGCCCCUGCCUACAAGGCCCCGGCUUACUCCGCACCGGCCUACAAGGCCCCGUCCUACUCUGCCCCGUCCUACUCUGCCCCGUCCUACUCGGCCCCGUCAUACUCUGCCCCGUCUUACAAGGCUCCGUCGUACUCCGCCCCGUCGUACUCGGCCCCGUCUUACAAGGCUCCGUCGUUCCGCCCGUCGUACUCGGCCCCGUCUUACAAGGCCCCGUCAUACUCUGCCCCGUCUUACCCCGCUCCAGCGUACAAAUCUCACUCCGCCCCGUCUUACUCCCCCGCCCCGUCCUACUCCGCCCCGUCUUACUCUGCCCCGUCUUACUCCGCCCCGGCCUACCCAGCCCCGGUGCGGAAUUCGGAUCAAUACAUUAUAAUAUCGUGUCCGAUCCGGUGUAAAUCGCUUAAGUACGACAGCUGCACACAAAAUACAGAAAUCCACGACGAGAAAAUGGUCUCCAAAGUUAUCGUAUUGGCUUCGGCCAUGCUGGCCGCCGUAUCCGCCGCCCCGGUGUACCCAGCGUACCCAUCGUACCCAGCUCCGGCGUACCCAGCUCCAGCGUACCCAGCUCCGGCGUACCCAGCUCCGGCGUACUCGGCGCCCAAGCCAGCUUACUACCCCAAACCGUACGCACCGGAACCGGCGUACGCCCCGGCCCCGUACAGCUUCGAGUACAGCGUCAACGACCCGUACACGUACGACGUCAAGAGCCAGUCCGAGUACAGCGACGGCAACGGCUACGUCAAGGGCUCGUACAGCCUGGUCGAGCCCGACGGUUCCACCCGAGUGGUCGAGUACACGGCCGACGACUACAACGGUUUCAACGCCGUCGUCAAGAAGGAAGGCGGAUACGCCGCCCCGUCGUACAAGCCCGCUUACAAGCCAGCUUACAAACCGGCCUACAAACCGGCUUACUGAGAAGUCCCCAACGGUGUAUAUAUGUAUACAUUUAUACAACUAUAAUGUGUUCAUUUCACACUUCUUGCAGCUCCUUCGUUUUUAAUUUAUUGUUCCGUCUUAUUAUUUAUUUUAAAACAAAUAAAUCAAUCUCAUUGAAUCAUCAUAAAA